AUGGAAUAUUCUGUCAUUGUUGGAAUCAUCCUUUUGGUUGAAAUCGUUGCCGUUAUCCUUGCUGCUGUCUACUACGAUCAGGCUGUUUCGCUUGCCAAGACCUUCUUGCUCUCCACCAUCUACACAGAAUACGACGGAACCGCCAACUCCGCGAACGCAGUAUCUUUGGCCUGGGACUACGCUCAAAUCACAUUCUCCUGCUGCGGUCUUGACAACUACACCGAUUUUGCCUCUGCCACCAACUGGAACAAAACUUCUGCAGCCGGCUCCAUGGUUAUACCGCCAUCUUGUUGUAAAGUCCAGGACGCGAGCACCUUCCCAACCUUUACGUUGACCGACACUAACUGUCCAUACAGUCCUUCCACGACCAACUCAAACUACCAGACUACUUGCUACGCUUCGCUGAUGAGCUACGUCCAGACUUACUCCAUCGCAAUAAUAGCUGUAACAUCAUCCGUGGCCGUCCUGCAACUAAUCGUCAUCAUAGCUGCAUGUUGCCUCUGUCGGGCCAUUGGAGGGGACUCAGAUACACGCGCCUAAUUCUAACAGAGAAGCUUCCGCAUCUAACAGUGAACUCAUAACUGCAUUCACCAAUUUCCGAAAUCAAAA